AUGACGUUACGCCUGGAUGUGAGUUUACCAAACGGAACCACUGGAUUUGACGAGUACUCGGGUUUUUAUAUUUCUCCACCAGACCAGUACAACUUUAACGUUAAUAGGAGAAUCAACUCAGGUGGAAUGUCCUAUUAUUGGCUUCUGUCCAACACUGGCAAUAAUCUUGAUAUGAACCACCAGGCGUUUUCAGCAUAUGACAGGGACGUGGACAACCGGUAUUAUAACUGUGCAGGCAGAUAUGGAGGAGGCUGGUGGUUCAAUGGCUGCUUCCACACUAUCCUGAAUGGUCCCUACACCAGUGGAUAUUUUUAUUAUAGCUCAUUUACACAACACCAAAGACUGAAGACGUCUAAAAUGAUGUUUCGAAUGAGAAGUUCAGAUUAA